CCAGCCGCCAGUUCUUGUUCGCCUUUCCCCCACAAACAUGCUGCUCACCUUCUAUCGUCCCACCUGAGCCGUUUGCCGCCGCCGAAGAGGAAUCGAUGCCCUGCAGUGCAAGUGAGAGACAGUCGUUGUUUUCUUGCCUCAAAUGCCCACUCCGGGAACCGUAAGGAGGCCGGGCUGCGAAAGCUGUCGCUCAAGACAUAUCAAAUGCGACAAAGGAGCCCCUUGCGGGCAGUGUGUUCGGAAAGGUAGGGCUUGUGUCCGCGGUACCAAGCUCAAGUUCAGACACAUUACCGUGCCAAGUGACACAGAUGGUAAUCGAGGGGAACCCCAAUAUGAGUUCUCAGAUACGCAAAAGUGGUGCCGGGUGUCAGGGAAGAGGAUACGCUUCAUCGACGAGACUGCCGAUAUAAACAGCCUCCACAACGAUGGGUUCGACUCCGACGACGAAGACUUCAUCUCGAUCGAAGAUUAUCCCCCGAGUCCACCACCACCACCACCACCGCGACGGACUAAGAAAAGACAAGAUGAAUUCGUCAAGCCGUCAUCGACCAAUCGUCCAAGCCGAAACUCGGACGCCGCCGCCAACGAAACUGGUCAGAGUCCUUUGCCCAUCGAGAAAGGCCAGCAGUACCCCUUGACGAAGCUGCCAGCCCUACACCCUCAUCCUGCCUUCCGAAGCCCAUCGUCAGGCCACCUGGAGUCAGACGAUGCGCCGCGGUCCUUCUCACCAGUGCCUCGAAGCGCCAUCAGCGAAAUUGGUAGCGGGAGCCACUGCGAUGACCCCAGCUUGCCCGAGCCGCGUCGAUCCUUCAGUUCCGCCAAUUUUCCGUUAGAAGACCGUCGUGAGGCAGACUUAGUUCGCCACUUCAGGGAGUUCAUCGCGGCCUCGUUCGACUAUGGUGACCCGCACAAUCGGAUCUCGGUUCUCCUUCUGCAACAUGCUGCUCUCAGUCCUGUGCUGCUUAAUGCUGUCUUAGCUGUGUCGGCAAAGUCAAAAGAUGAAGGCGACAGCCUAAACUUCUUUGAUAAGCCUGCAGAACGAUACUAUGAUAUGACUAUGGAGCUUCUACAGCCGGCCUUGGACGGCGCUGUUCCCGAGGUCGACGAGGCACAUAUUGCUGCUGCCGUUCUGCUCAGGCUUUAUGAGAAUAUUUAUACCAUGCACUCCGUCUCGCUGACUAUCACAAUAGUCACACCGUUGUGUCAAAAGACACCCUCAACCCCGAUAUGGAGGUUCCUUUCCACGCAUAUCAAGACUCCCGAGCAUGGUACUCUCCUGGAGGCCGCAAUGUGGGCCUGGAUACGCAUCGAGAUCUUCCGGUCUGUCAUGCGAAACGAAAAGUUAGAUCUCGAAAUAGAGCAUGUCGACUUCGAUCGCUCCCUUCAACCAGCGGACGAUGAUAUCUGGGCGUGGCGGAUGUGCCUCCACACCGUCGACGUACUCAAUUACUGCUAUGGGGAAAACAAGCCCCGCGAGACCUACGAUCAGCUGGUAUCCUACGCCACGAAGUGGAUGAGGUCAGUUCCAGAGUCGUUCACACCGGUUUUGGUACAAGCCCCAUUGCGUGGUAGCCUCUUUCCAGAGAUAUUCCUAUUGAACGACUCCGUCGUAAUGGGGCUUCUAUUCUAUCACAUCAACCGCAUUCUCUUAACGAUACAUAAUCCCGAUGCGCAACGCUUAGCCAAAGUAUCUAAACAAGCAGCUCGGUCGAUCAAUGUAAGUUUCCUUACUUGGGGCCGCAGUUUCUCUGCUCACACAUUCUUGGCAGGCGACCGUGUCACCAUAAGAGAAGAGCAAGAAGUCCUCUACGAGUUGCUAUCAAAUACUGCGGAUGACUUCAGCUGGGAUGUGUCACUGAUACUGGCUCACUUAAAGAAGUCAUGGGACUGGCCUGAAGACAUGCUCGUAUAG